CCAUUUUCCCCACCUGAGUAAAUUGAGCGUAAAUACAUGAAGGUGUCUAUUAGAGAUAUAUAUUUAUAUGUGUGUGUGAUAGGUGUGACAUUUAAUCGAUUCCUCCCAUGUAUUUUUAUUCUUCGAUGUCCUAUUCCAUUCUUUAUCGUAUUUCUCGUGUCUCCUUUAUCAUGUUUCUUUUUGUGUCUUUGUUUUCGUCCUCGCUUUUAUAUAUAUAAAUAUUUCCUUUUCGUUAAUUGCUUUUAAAUGUCUAGAUCAUUGUUGAUAAGUCUUUCUUUUUUCUUCAAAAGUAAAAGAAAAUCAGGUUCACGUUUUUUUGUUUUUUUUCCCAACUAAAGGGGUAUUGAUUUUCACGUGACAUAUUGCAGACCAUUUUUUCGAAGAUCCUGGAGUUAAUCCUAGCAUAUUUCAGACAAUAUUAACAUACGCACACACACACACACACACACACACACACACACACACACACACACACACACACACACACACACACACACACACACACACACACACACACACACACAAACAAACAAACAAACAUAAACAAACACAAAAUCCAAUCUCCAGAACAGAUACACGCACACAAACACACAAACAAACAAUCACACAAACAAACAUAUAGACAGAGAACAAAAUACCUCUCCGAGAACAUUUCUAGAGAACGCUUCUAGAAAUACGUGACUCAGCUGAAACCACUUGCAUAUCAGUCACGGGCCUCAGGUCAGGGUCCCCCGUGACGUCACGAGCCGGGCUCACUGAUCAAUAAGUUUUUUCUUGGCUUUUGGAUGUAGAGAGAGCGAGGAGCGUGGAUGUGGAUAUGGGUGUGGAGAAUGUGGAUGAGGAUGUGGAUAUGGGUGUGGAGAAUGUGGAUGAGGAUGUGGAUAUGGGUGUGGAGAAUGUGGAUGAGGACGUGGGUAUAGGUGUGGAGAAUGUGGAUGAGGAUGUGGAUAUGGGUGUGGAGGAUGGUUUGGAUGUGGAUAAUGGUGUGAUGUGUGGAUAUCGGAUGUGGAUGUUCCUUUGGGGAGUGGUUUGGAUGUGGAUGUGGGUACGGGGAGCGGUUUGGAUGUGGAUGUGGAUAAGGAGAAUAGUUUGGAUGUGGAUAUCGUAUAUUUAUGUGGGGAAUGGGUUGGAUGUGGAUAUGGAGGAGUGAUUUGAAUGUGGAUAUGGGAUGUGAAUUUGGGGAUGGUUUGGAUACCAGAUGUGGAUAAGGGGGUAAGGGUUUAGAUGUGGAUAUCGAAUGUGGAUGAGGAU